CGUCGCCUCAGAGGCGUCAGGCGGCCCAGCUGAGGCGGGAGGGAUCCACGACCGCGCUGCCGCUGUCCUUAUCCCCGCUGGAUCGAGCCCGUUUCUCUGUAGCCAAAAAAGCACAAGUGUUAGAGUCCGUCCUCCGCAACGGCCAGUCGGUUCCGCUUGGAUUUCGCCCCCACCCCACCCCACCCCAGGAGUCCAGCAACAGGCGUCAGACAAUUGGGAGAAUCUUUUCUGCACGAUUGAAAUCUCGGUCUAACGUCGGAGCCAUCUAAUCAUGGGAGAGAUUAAAGUCUCUCCUGACUACAACUGGUUUAGAAGUACAGUCCCCCUUAAAAAGAUCAUCGUGGACGACGACGACAGCAAGGUGUGGUCGCUGUACGACGCCGGCCCCAGGAGCAUCCGGUGCCCCCUCAUAUUCCUGCCCCCCGUCAGCGGCACCGCCGACGUGUUUUUCCGGCAGAUCCUGGCACUGACCGGCUGGGGCUACCGGGUCAUCGCGCUGCAGUAUCCAGUAUAUUGGGACCACCUCGAGUUCUGCGAUGGAUUCAGAAAACUGUUGGACCACCUGCAGCUGGAUAAAGUCCACCUGUUUGGGGCUUCCCUGGGAGGCUUUUUGGCUCAGAAGUUUGCCGAGUACACUCACAAGUCCCCCCGAGUUCACUCCCUGAUCUUAUGUAACUCCUUCAGCGACACGUCCAUCUUCAACCAGACCUGGACCGCAAACAGCUUUUGGCUAAUGCCGGCUUUCAUGCUCAAGAAAAUCGUGCUGGGAAACUUUGCUUCCGGCCCCGUGGACCCCGUGAUGGCCGACGCCAUCGAUUUCAUGGUGGACAGGCUGGAAAGUCUGGGUCAGAGCGAGUUGGCUUCCAGGCUCACCCUGAACUGUCAAAACUCUUACGUGGAGCCCCAUAAAAUUCGAGACAUUCUGGUAACCAUUAUGGAUGUGUUCGACCAAAGUGCGCUUUCAACCGAAGCUAAAGAAGAGAUGUACAAAUUGUACCCGAACGCCCGGCGAGCUCACCUGAAGACGGGGGGCAACUUCCCUUACCUCUGCCGGAGCGCGGAGGUGAAUCUCUACGUACAGAUCCACUUACUGCAGUUCCACGGGACCAAAUACUCGGCCAUCGACCCCUCCAUGGUCAGCGCGGAAGAGCUGGAAGUGCAGAAAGGGAAGCUGUGUAUCAGUGAACAAGAAGACCAAUAGCACAAUCAAACCCCGGAUCGGUCUGAUAAGAGGGGGGCUUCUCCCCAAACAAUCGAGCGUUUCCAAUCUGUCUUCUCUGGGGUGGGGGGUUGUUUUUUGGUUGCCUUUUUUUUUUUUUAAGUUAGCCGGUUAUCACUGUGUAUCCGAAAUAGGACGAUUCUAUAAAACGUAUUCAACCUACAACGACCGUCGGUUCCCAGCCAGCGUACCUGGAUAGCCUCCGUUUAACUUGCAGCUUUGGAAUCGAAAGACGCAGCUCCGAAGACUCCUAAGAACCGUGAAAAUUUUGCUACCAAGUCUCGGCCGCCGCGUCCUUAAAGGAUGGUGACUUCGUGGGUCUGGGUUUCUUUUUCUUUUUUUUAAAUCUACUUCAGCUGUACAUAGCGCCCAGCCAGCGGCUCGGUUUAGUAUUUUGAGGUCCGUCCUUUGGUUAAGAUAACGUUGGCGGGGCCGAGUUGGCCGUGGGGUUGGUAUUCUCGCAGAUCACCUGCUUGAGAUAAAGCGUCAGGGUUUUCAGCUUCUUGCCUGGCAGCGGCCGACGACAGAUGGGGGCUUCGAAUAAAACUGAAGUUGCAGCCA